AAAAACAGAGCAAAACAAAACAGAGCACCCUAUAUAUUCCCUUCAACUCCUCGCAUUCCUCUCCAUCACACACACACUCUUCUUCUUCUUCAUCUUCUUCCUCCUUCCCACCAUGACCAGGUUCAAGAUCCUCGCCGACAAUCUCAAAGACAAAGCCUCAGUUCUCGCCGCAGCACUCUCAAUCAAGCGCCAAGUAUCCUCCGUCAAGGUCCGCGUCCUCCGCGCCACCACCCACAACCUCUCCGCCCCUCCCUCGGAAGACACAAUCGCUGCCGUUCUCGCCGCCGGCAGAGGCUCCUACCUUCUCCCCCGCGCCUGCAUCGACGCCCUCAUGGACCGCCUCCACCGCACCCGCAGCGCCGCGGUUGCCCUCAAAUGCCUCUUCACGCUUCACAACGUCGUCGUCAAAGGGUCGUUCGCGCUCAAGGACACGCUCUCCUGCUACCCUUCCUACGGCGGCCGGAACUUCCUCAACCUCUCGGAUUUCCGCGAUGAUACCGACUUCGAAUCGAUUGAACUCAGCUCCUGGGUUCGGUGGUACGCGAGUGUCGUAGAACAGAGCUUAACCGUUUCUAGAGUCAUGGGGUAUUACCUUACCGCUUCAAAUUCUUCAAUGGACAAAAAGAAAGAUACCCAAGAAUUGGAAUCUUUGGUUUUGAAGAUGUCAAACGCUGAUUUGUUGUACAAGUUGGAAAAUCUGGUGGUUUUCGUUGAACAAAUUGGUCGUGUUCCUGAGUCAUUGCACCUUCAGAGGAACGAGUUGGUCUACGAAGUUGUGAGAUUGGUGGGGGAAGAUUACAGAAGCGUGCAGGGUGAGAUUUUGUGGCGGUUGGAGGAGCUUGAGAAUCGGGUUACAGAGGACAUGGAUGUGGGUGAGUUGAGCGAGUUGGUGGGUUAUUUGAAUCGGUUGGAAGAAACGCAAGAAAGAUUGGUGCUGUUGUUUGUGAACAGAAGAAGGAAUAAUGGGUUGUGGGAUUUGAUCAAGAAGACGAAGGUGAAGGCGUUGGAGAAGAAGGAGGAGACGGAGGGGAAGUGGCUCACGGUGGUGGUGUCCAAGAAUGCGGCCAGCGCCGCCGCCGCCGAGUUGACUCGGUCUACGAACCCGUUUCUUGAACCGGGUCAAGUGUGUCCGGUUCUGCCGUUGGGUUUUGCAACGGUUAGAUGACAGGUGGCAACGGUCACGUUAUGUAGAAAUUCACCAAAGUUGAUUUUUUCCUUUUUUAAUCAUUUUUUCUUCCUCACUUUUGAGGAAUAUACACUUUUUUGUUGUAUUUUUUGAUUUUUUCAUGGUCUCUUUUGGAGUGAGAGGGGUUCUUUGUUGUCUGCUGUUGUUGCAAUUUGUGCAUAAUUAAAGUGCAAACCUAGAUAGAUUGACAGAUAAUAAUCAUGUACAUCAAAAUAAUAAAAGAAAUUUCAAUGAGUGUUUUGACA